GUACUAGCUACGGUAGCGAUGACAGGAGGCCGUGCGGCUGUUCAGUCUACCAGUUCAGCUUCCCACCACGCUAUUGUGGAGCUCCUAUACUUGUGAUGGAAAGCAACAAGCAAUUCAGUAUUCGAGGUUUGAUGUAUCAACCCAGUGUUGGAAGAAAUUUUACUGUAAUAAUCCCGAGCGGGAGCUUAGCUUUGACCAGCUUUUUGCCUAGCUUUUCACUUCAUCGUGCGUUUUCAGCCAUGCGGUCCAAGUCGCAUCAAGUAAGUUGCCACAAAGGAAAAGGAUUUAUGUUCUGUUGACAACGCGGACAUAAUGAAAGCUAAGAUUAGGCCCGUCGAGCUUUCAUAAAGAUAUGCACGAAGGCAUAGAU